AUGAAGGUGGAGGUGAUGGUGGGGGACGAUUCCUGCUCAGAUGACUUAAGCUCUGAGGAAGGAGAUAUAGAUACAAUCCUCCUAGGGAUGGUGGCUGAUGAGGAGCAGUGUCGGAGUAUUCGCAAGCAGUACCGUCAGCUCAUUUAUAGUGUCCAGCAGCAGCGGGACGACAUCGUGAACACGGCAAGCGAGUCGUUAACGGAGGCGCUUGAAGAAGCUGACGUCCUGUUUGAUGGCGUGAGCCGAACAAGGGAAGCCGCCCUUGAUGCCCAGUUUCUUGUUUUGGCUUCUGAUUUAGGUAAAGAAAAAGCAAAGCAGCUAAAUUCUGAUAUGAACUUUUUUAAUCAAGCAGCGUUUUGUGACUUGCUGUUUGUAUUCGUGGGUGUCAAUUGUCUGGAAGAGGGGAAGAAUCAAUUGGGUGAUUAUGAUGAGAGCGUAGCUCUUGCCUUCUGGGAGAAAAUACAGAAGGAGGCAACAUCCUGGACAUUGCGAACUGAAACGUUCCACUUCGUCUACGGGUCAUUCAAGUCAGAGUCUUCUGCACCAAAGCCACGACCACGGAAAAGACUUGAGAAAAUUGAGGAAAAUGGGGAGAUGCCUACAAAGUUGAGGAAGAUGUAUCCAAGUAGUAAUCAAGAAGCAACAGAAAAAGAAGUAGAAAGAAUCUUGGGAUUGUUGCAAACCUACUUUAGAAAGUAUCCUAAUAAUCCUGUGUCGUAUUUUGAAUUUGUGAUUGAUCCAAACUCUUUUUCUCAUACGGUGGAAAAUAUGUUUUAUGUUUCUUUCAUCAUAAGGGAUGGUUUUGCAAGACUAAGGCUUGAUCAAGACAGGUUGCCAAUAUUAGAGCCAAUUAAUGGUAACCAAAUGGAUGAGGAAGAUGAUCCCAGUUCCCUUGGCAGCAAACAGGGAGUUAUAUCUUUGAGUUUACAGGACUGGAAAAAUAUUGUGGCCACCUUUGAAAUUUCAGAGGCUAUGAUCACAAGUUCAUAG